GACAAUAACAUAUUAACCUAAUGAGAAGAACAAAUAGCAAAAGCAGUAACAACUAACAAUCAAUUUCCGGUUGGCGUUCUCUUGCAAAAAUGGGGAAUAACAGACAAAGGAGAUUCAGAACUCAUCGCGCUCAAUCAAGUCGACAACACCAACAACUCUUACUAGACGACGAUUCUCAAAGCUCCAUUCCAGCAACGGAAAAUGUCGAGGGUGAGGAGGAAGAGGAGGAGGAGCUCACGGAACCCAAAAUAAAGCUUGCAAUGUGGGAUUUUGGGCAAUGCGAUGCCAAAAGGUGCACUGGACGCAAGCUUUCAAGAUUGGGCAUGCUAAAGGAGUUACGUGUGAGUAAUGGUUUUGGGGGCGUUGUUUUAAGUCCUGCUGGAAAUCAAUGUGUCUCAAGAGAAGAUUACUCUAUAAUCCAGAAGAAAGGCUUGGCUGUUGUGGAUUGUUCAUGGGCACGCUUAGAUGAUGUGCCUUUUGUGAGGCUACGCUGCACUGCUCCUCGCCUCUUGCCAUGGCUUGUAGCAGCAAAUCCAGUAAAUUAUGGUCGGCCAUGCCAGCUAUCUUGUGUAGAGGCCUUAUCUGCUGCUUUGACAAUAUGUGGGGAAGAAAAAACUGCAAAUUUGUUGCUUGGCAAGUUCAAAUGGGGUCAUGCUUUCAUGUCUCUAAAUGGGGAAUUACUGAGGGCCUACUCCAAAUGCCAAAAUAGUGCUGAAAUUAUUUCCGUUCAAAAUGCUUGGCUGUCACAAGAGAGACAGAUUCCAAGGCCUCCUACUGAUAGUGAAGUUACGGCACAAAGUGAGGAUAAAAGUCAGAACUCUUCCGAUUCAGAAGAUGGACUUCCACCUCUUGAAAAGAAUAUGAAUCAUUUGAGCAUAGACAAUAGUGACGAAGAGAGUGAGUAGAUAUACUUUACAUCUCUAACGCGAGAUAUUUUCUCAAACCAUGCUGCCAUACUAGAAGUAAUUUGAAGAUUUGUGCAAUGCAGAAUCGCUUAGUGGCAAAAUAUUUUUUGGUUGGCAUGAGGUGGUUCAUAGUUUCCAGUCCUUUUUUAUUUCUUUAAUGUUAUAAAAUAUUAAAAUAAGAGAAAAUAUGAUCGAGUGACGGCAAGUAGCAAGAUUAAGAAGCUAUACAUAAUUUUCGUGAUUAGGUUCUGAAUGUGUGAUUCGUUCAUGUUACAGCAUGUUUGGAUUUGCGUCGCGAAGACAAAAAUAAAUUAGAAGUGACGUGAUUUUGUGUGCAUUAGUUAUAAGGCGUCAAUGGCGGUUGUUUGUUUUUUAUUUUAACAGUGAAAAGGAAAUUAUCAAGCCACAAAAUA